UGUCUUGCUUCUUGUCAAGUCCCUUGUAUUUUUUCUUGGUUCCACGACUCGGGACCAGUGUCUUUCGUGAAAUCUGAAUUUAAAUGACUUCGCGUAUGAUUAAUUGUCAGCGACCGUCACAUGACCAAUGGCCCUUUCCAAGACCAUUUUAGAUGAUGUACAGUGGGGAUAAGGAAGAAGGGUUCUUCCCAAUUUUUCCAUAAGAAGAACAAGGAAACAAAAUUAGAUGAAGAAGCCUACAGUUGAUUAGGAAAUGGACUGUCUCUCACUAUUCACUUACUUGCAGAGAUUCAAGGAGUCGCGACGCGAUUAAUUGACGAACUAUCAACUAUGUAGAAUUGUUUUAAAAAGUUUAUUUUAGAUUUUUGUUGUUAAUAAUUUAGAGUUUAUUUCAUUUAAUUAAUAAAUAAGUUUUCUUUUAUUGAGUUGAUUGUAGAGGGUCAACCUAACAUCUCACUAUGGAUGAAGAGGCACGUUUUAAUAAUUUCUUUAUUUCUAUUAAAUUCAUGUAGUCGAUAUAAUUUUGCAAAGUGGAAUUAUUAGUUACAAGUAAGCAUAAUUAAGGUAUUUUAAUAUCGCAAAGUAAAAACUAACACUGAGUAUGUUUUACUUACUCAAAAACCAAUAAUUAUGUGAUAAAAAAAGUACAAGCGUCACUUGGUAAUAAUAAUUAUACCUUAAGAAGAUUAUAUUAUAUUUUUUCUAAAUAUAAUUAUCUCUACAUACUAUGUCGUGUCUAGAAAAUAUUAAACAAAUUAAACAACAUUGUAGCCAUCGUAGAAUUAUAAUAGUCAGUAUAACUUUGUAGUUCCUGACACAAACUUCAAAUUUCUCCUAUCAAAUCAUAAAGAUCAUAAUGAUCAUGUAUAUUAUUCAGUUUCUUUUAACCAUCAUUACCGUGACUCUGCUAAUGUACAUUUUAAAAAUAAUCAAAAGACAAAUAUUUUUUAAAACUCAUGGAAUACCAUAUAAAACACCUGUGCCUAUUUUUGGAAACAUGCUGCCCAUAAUAAUGCGAAAGAAGAGUAUUGGUGAUGUGCUGAAAAAAAUGUACGAUACACAAUCAAACGCAAAGUACUUUGGAUUCUAUGACUUUACCAAUCCAGUAAUUGUAUUGCGUGAUCUUGAAUUAGUUAAAUCAGUUGCGGUAAAAAAUUUUGAGAGUUUUUCAGAACAUGGACUACUUGGACCUAUGGUUACAGAUGAAAUUAUUGCCAGAGGUUUGUUUAAUUUAAAAGGAGAAAAAUGGCAUGAAGUUAGGAAUUUAUUAAGUCCCGCAUUCACUUCGAGGAAAAUGAAAACAAUGUAUAAACUAAUUUCCAAUAGUGUGAUUGAUUUUAUUAACUGUUUAUUAAGUGACACGAACAAUAAUCAAAUGAGGGAAAUGAAGGAAACAUUUUCGCGUUGCAGCAAUGAUGUAAUAACGAAUUGCGCUUUUGGAAUAAAUGUGAAUUCAAUGAAAAAUCCAAAGAAUGAUUUUUAUGUGUUAGGCAAGGAAGGAACAAACUUUGCUACUCUCUAUUUGAAAAUUAUUUUUAUGAGAGGGUUUCCAUUUCUUAUGAAAAUUCUGGGUAUUAAAUUGUUGCGUUCUAGAGUUGAGAAAUUUUUCAAUGAAACAGUUAGAUAUACAAUAAAUAAACGAGAAACUUUGGGAAUAAGUAGACCAGAUAUAUUACAGCUUUUAAUUGAUGCCAGACAGAAGAACGAUAAAGUGGAUCUUUCUCCAGAAGCAAUAGCUGCACAUUCUUUUGUGAUUUAUUUUGGUGGGUUCGACACAUCGUCAACAAUUAUGUCCUUUAUGGCAUAUGAACUUGCAGUUAAUCAAGAGAUUCAAAGGAAAUUGCAAAAUGUAAUUGAUAUUACUUUUCAAAAUACUAAGGGAGAUCCAUCCUAUGAUAAAAUUACUGGACUUGAAUAUUUGGAUGCAAUUUUAAAUGAAACUAUGAGAAAAUAUCCAGUUUUUGCUGCAAUAGAUAGAGUUUGUACGAAAGAAUUUAAACUUCCUGCUUCAAUUCCAGGGGGAAAAUCAAUUCAACUAAAACCCGGAAUGAUGAUUUGGAUUCCUGUCAUAGGUUACCAUUAUGACCCUAAUUAUUACGAAAAUCCGGAGAUAUUUGAUCCAGAUCGAUUUUUGAAACAUAAUUCAGCCAACAGUAAGGCAACAUUUUUUACAUUUGGAAUCGGACCAAGACAAUGUGUAGGCACUAGAUUUGCAAUGUUGGAAAUGAAAAUAGUAUUUUUUCAUUUGUUAUCUCAUUUUAAUCUCAAAGUUUGUUCUAAAACCAGUAUACCUAUAACGUUGAGUAAAAAAUCGCUAGGAUUUGGUGCAAGGGGUGGUUACUGGAUAGAAUUAGAAAAAAGGGAAAAUAAAAACGAUAAAGCAGUUCAUAUGUGAUGCUAUAUUUUAAAAAAAUAUUCUAAAUAGAAGUUACUUUAUAUUAGAUUAACAUUAAUCAAAUUCUAAAUUGUCUUUCUAUUUUACUCCAUUACGACGAAACACAAUUUUUGUAUAUUAAUCUUGAUACAAAAGAUAAUUAUAAUUGUGUCUUUAUUUUUAAAUAAAUCGGUAGAUUUUAUGAAUGAUAAAGUUAUGGUGUAUAGUUUGAUCAAAUAGUAAAAUUUUUUAGUAAACAUUUUAUUUAUAAUU